AUGUCGUAUCUGGAAAUUGUAGCUGCUUCAUUGUUUCUAUUCAUAACUAAUACCAAACAGGAUGACAUUGGUUAUUUCUGGCAUUUAACUGAUAUUCACUGUGAUCUACACUAUGUAAAUAAAUCAUGUAAUCUUCCAUAUGGUAAUUACUCUUGUGAUUCUUCGCCAAAUCUUGCUUUAUCCGCAAUCAGUGCAACCAGGGAACUUUUUGCUAAGAAACCUGAUUUUGUCAUUUGGAGUGGUGAUAAUGGACCUCAUGAUGACAGUGUAUCAUCUGAACAACUUCUUGAUGGUAUCCGAUUGCUUAGUAAAGCAAUGAAACAAGCAUUCCCUAUAGAUGAAGUCUAUAUCCUGCCUGUUUUAGGUAAUCAUGAUGUUAUACCAGCAAAUAAUAUGGAGGUGACAUUGAAUAGUCGAUCACGUACUACAUGGUGUCAUAAACUUGGAGAUGAUUUACAAUUAUGGGGUGAAUGGAUUAAUCAUCCACAAAAACAUUUAACCUCUCCAGUAUCACUACAAAGUUCAUCAAAUUUUCCAAGAGCUAAUUUCUCACAGACUUGUUUCUUCUCUCAUCAUCUUGUAAAUAUUGGUGCAUAUAAUCAGUAUGAUUAUGAUCAACGGAUGAAUAGUACACGUAGAACUAAUCUAAUUCUAAUUAGUUUAAAUGGUUUAAUAUGGUAUCAAGGAAAUAUAUUGGCCAAUGAUGAAGAUCAUGAUCCUUUAGGUCAACUGGAUUGGCUUCAAAAGACAUUUCAAUGGGCAAGGAAACAAAAAGCGAAGAUUCUUCUUGUAAGUCAUUUUCCACCUGGUGCAUCAGAAAAUACUCCACAAUCAUAUCAAUUUCUUCGACCAAUUAUAAAUGAUCAAUUUGUUAAUUUAUUGAUUGAAAAUGCUGAUUUAUUAAUGGCUGGAUUAUUUGCUCAUGAACAUGUGGACAGUUUUCGAUUAUUGGUAACAAAAUCAAAUAUAUCAGUGGCUUCAUUAUUUCUUAUGCCAUCAAUUUCACCGCUUCUAUUGAAUGGAUUAGGUGAUUUCAAUCCACGUAUACGAUUAUAUCGUUAUAAACGUUCAACAAUGAAAUUAUUAGGUUAUGCACAAUAUUAUUUUAAUUUAGAAAAACAAUUAUCACUAAUUAAUCAUUCUAUAUUGAAUAAUUGGCAAUUAGAAUAUGAUACAUUGACUACUUAUCAUAUGAAUGAUUUAUCACCGAGAUCAUUAACAAUAUUAUACAAUAAUUUUAUGAAAGAAGAUAAUAAUUAUUGGUCAUAUUAUUGGCAAUAUGAAUUAGGCGGUAGACAACAUUUAUCAUUUCAAUCGAAUUAUUUAACAAAUGAUACCGGUUUAUGCCCUCGUGUAAAAUCUCAAUGUCGUUGUGAUCAUUUAUGUGCAAUACGUAAUCUUCUGUUGAAUAAUCUAAUUGAAUGUCUUCAAUUAUGUAAAGAUAUCAAUUAUACUCUACAUAAUAAUAAUAAUAAUAAUAAUAAUAAUAAUAAUAAUAAUAAUAAUAAUGGUGAUAAUGUAUUGCACAAUUCAUUACUUACAGUUAUUCUAUCUGAUCAUAUUAAUUAUAGUAUAUACUUGAAUCGAUCAAUUAUUAAUCAGAUAAGUAUUACUAAUAGUAGUGAACGUAGUAGUCUACCAUAUAUUAUUGGUGUAAUUGUUGCCUUUCUAGUCAUAUUAAUCGGUAUUGUAUUAAUUGUUAAUCGUGAAGUAUGUAAUCGUCAUCGAGGUUAUCAACAACGUCGAUCAUUAUUGACUAGUAUUAUUCAUGGUGGUGGUGGUGGUGCGUUGAAUACACUUAAUGGUGGAUUACCAAUCACUUCAUUUCUUCAAGGCACUCGUACUCCUCGUACUACUACUAAUAAUAAUAACAAUGGUGGUGGUGGUGUGAAAUCUACCCGAAUAAAUGAUCAUUAUGGUAUAGGUGGAUCAUGUAUUGAAUUGCAUACAUCUUUUAAUCCAUCCUAUGAUAAUUUAUAUCCUUAUUACUUCAAUAAAUCAAUGUCAUCUUUAAAUGGUCAUGAUUUCUCCAAUACUGAUGGUCGUGGUCGUCGUGGUGAUGAUGAUGAUGAUGAUGAUAGCGGUCGAAACCAACAAACAGAUGUUAUUAUCAAUCAAUAUGGUAUUAUUAGUAAUGGUUUACCAUCAGAAAUUCUAUCACCAACGCAUAUGAUAUCAUAUUAUGGAAAAAAUAAUCGUAAUAGUACUACUACUAACAGCAGUAGUUGUUGUAGUAGUAGUAGUAAUAGUAAUCAGUGUAGAACUAUACAAGAUUAUAUUGGUAAAAGGUAUUCUGUACCAGAUUAUACUCAUUUUACAAGAAGUUAUCCAUUAAAGCCUCCUUAUAUGUAUAUCACUACAACAGGAAAGAAUAAUAAUCAUAAUAAUGAACAGGUAGAGAAUAAAAUUCAUAUGCAUGGUGAGAAAAGUAAUACAACAUGUGAACAAUCUUCAAAUUAUCAUCAAUAUAUAUCAUCAACUAAUCAACAAAUUGAUAUUACUUGUCUACCAGAAGAUUAUUAUGCGGAUGAUGAAGCAUUUGCUGAUGAAGAUAACAAUGAAUUGAAUCAUAAUAAUUAUUAUAUUCAUCAAAAUAAUGAUUAUACUAAUCAUAAUGAACAAUACUUAUCAUCAAAAAAUAAUUAUAAUCAUAUAAAUAUUGGUAAGAAGUUAAGAUUGAAAUCGAAACCAAUUAAGUAUAAUCAUCAUCAUGAUGAUCAUGAUGAGAAUAUUUGUAAUAGACAAGGCGUGAAAUUCACAGAAGAAGUAGGAGAUUCUAUUGAUGAUCAAGAAUCUCAACUUCUAGAUAAUGAUGGUGAUGAUGAUGAUGAUGAUGUGAAACUUGAUGGUGUAAAACAUUUGAAAGAUCGAAAAUUCACCUUUUUUCGAUCUAAAUUAAAUGAUAUCGAUGUAUAUAAUAAGCAUUCAUCUAUAUUAUCGCAUAGUCAAUCAGCGGUUAUCAAUCAAUCGACUAUUAAAAAUAAGGCCAAUAAUAAUAAUAAUGAUAAUAAUAAUAGUAAUCUUGGCAACUGUUCAACAUCUUCUUUAAUCAUUUUACCAAAUGAGUUAAAUAUUAAUCAGCUGAAUGAUAUACAACACUGUCAUCAAGUAGACCAACAGACAUCUCAGUCGAGUUAUACAUCACCUUCUAGAUGUCUACCAAAAUCUUCAUCAUCGAUAACAACAAUCCUUCAUCAUCAACAAUAUCCAAUUUCUUCUAAUAUUCCCCAGACAAUUGAUUUACCUUCUCCACCUUCUAUACAACAACAACAACAACAACAACAACAACAGAAGUUGUUCAACAUAUCUUCUUUACGAUAUCAUCAUAAAUCCUUAAAACAUAAAGAUAAUAAAACAUUACUGAAUUGUGAUCAUGAUCCUAUCAUCACUACUACUACUACUACUAUUACUACUGUUAAUGAUGUGAUCAGUAGUCCUACUCCUUCUUUAUCAAUAAGCGCCAGUGAUGGUGGUGGUGGUGGUGGUGGUUCAUCACCUUCUCAGUUGCCUACCUAUGAUUAUGUUCGAAUGUCAAGUUAAUACAAUCAACUAUAUUGAUGAUCAUGUAUUGAUUUUUCCAUUAAAAAUAUACUUAUUGUUAUUUUAUCCCUUACUUCUCCAUGAAUGUGUGUGUGUGUGUAUGUGUCUAUCUAUAUUCUGUGCUCAAUCCAUCCUUUGUUUAUUUUUGUGGUUUUUGUAUGUUGUUCAAUGAUGUCAUUGUAUGUGUAUGUCUUUACACACCGAACAUGUACAUGAGUACGCACACACACACACAUCACAUGACAUCCAUCUGUUUUCCUCUUCUUGUUAUUUCUUUGUUGUCAAAGGUUUCAGGAGAUUUUAAAACCUUGUUCUCUUGAGACUUUAACACUUCUAUGCAUGUGUCUAUGUGUGUCUGUGUUCCUUUAUAUGCGCCCCCCACAUAUGUUUGAUUGAAGCGUUUUGUCUUCAUUUCCUCCCAAUCAUUUACCAUCCAUGACACCACAAUCAGUCAAUAUGUUUUUUUCUGUGUUCUUUUUUUCUUUGUACAAAUUUGUAUCCGAUAUACGGGGUGGUGUUUCAGGUUCGAAACCUUCCACUUCAUGCCCCUCCCUCAUCCAUUAUCGGGAUGUACUAGUUAUCUUUUAUGCAAUCUUUCUAUAUUGGCAUAUUCCUCUAAACAUGUCUGAUGCACCGAUUUUCUGUGGUAGUUGCCGAGACUGAGACAAUAAAAAAUUAUUAUUGUGUAUUAUACCCCUGUGAAAUUGCUCUGUAGCACAAAAUUCUAUUCAACGUUAUCUAUUUAUGUAGACACAUAUACACAUAUGUAUGUGUAAUUCUGCUGUACAGAUUCUCCAGAUGAAAUCAAUAAAUGAUCAGUGUAUUUCG